AUGGUUAAGGUCAACACUCCGGCUUUGCAGAUGAGGAUCACAGAGACCCCUCGCAAUGCUCUGCUGAGAUCAGCCAAAAGUGUUGUAGGCGAUCUUCGUUCGUCUCGCCCUCCCCAACAGGUGGCAAUGCCGCAGUUCAACGGGUCUGCGUUUGUCGACUCGCGACAACCAUCCGCGCACACAAUAACUAGCCUGAAGAGAUGGUCGGUGGCCGGAAAAGAACUUCCUGAUGUUUUGCAGAUCAAAACGAUCCACGUUUAUGAUUUCGAUAAUACAUUGUUCAGAAGUCCUCUCCCCAACCCUCAAGUGUGGAUUGGAUCAACAAUUGGCUUCCUCCAGACCUACGAAACCUUUGCCGGAGGAGGAUGGUGGCACGAUCGAAACGUUCUAUUAGCAACCGGAGAAGGCGCUGAUGUGGAAGAAACCCGCGCUUGGGAAGGAUGGUGGAACGACAAGGUAGUUGAGCUGGUGGAACUGAGUAUGAAGCAAAAGGAUGCCUUGACAGUUCUUCUUACCGGUCGUGGCGAAGCGAACUUUACCGACAUUGUCAAACGGAUCGUCGCUAGUAAGAAGCUUGAAUUCGACUUGAUCUGUUUGAAACCAGAAGUUGGACCAAAUGGUCAACACUUUCCCACAACGAUUUCUUUCAAGCAAUCCUUUUUCGAAGACUUAAUAGUCACUUACCACGAGGCAGACGAGAUCUGUGUUUACGACGACCGUAUUAAGCAUGUCAAGGAAUUCCGUGAGUAUUUUGAAAAAAUCAAUCGGAUAUAUCUCGAGACCCAAAAUAGCAGAAAACCUAUUGUGGCAGAAGUCAUACACAUUGCUGAAGGCACUCGUUAUCUGGACCCGGUCACCGAAGUUGCCGAGAUUCAAAGACUGAUUAAUACCCACAACACGCGAUUCCGUGAUCCUGCUCGAAACUUGACCAGAUCCAACUACGGUCGAUUGAAAAUACAUCGCACUGUCUUCUAUACCGGCUAUCUCAUUAAUAACACAGACUCAUCUCUCUUAGUAUCUGAGUUGCUACACUUUGCAUUACCCCCUGGGGCAGCAGACAGCCGUGAUAUAAAGUGCUUGGCCAACAACAUAAUGAUCCUUCCGCGACCUGCGCCAUCAUCUAUUCUUGACAAGGUCGGUGGUGUUGGCAAGAAACUCAAAUGGCAGGUCACUGGCAUUGGUCAUUGGGAGCACAAGCUGUGGGCGGCACGAGUCCAGCCAGUUCCUUCAAAUGCGCCUUACUACACCGAAAACCAUACACCCAUGAUAGUGCUUGGGCACUAUAAGGGGGUUCGCCCCAUUGAUUCUAGUCGAAUUCAAAACUGGCAACCCGUCUCGCCGGAGAAAGCCCUUGUCAUCGAGACUACUGUAGGCGAAAGAGCAGUCCUACGGGUUGAAGAGGAGGCAAAAGAUGGUGACUGGGAGCCCCCAUUUGCGAACAAGAGCAAUAAAAGACGUCGUCCACAAGGCCGUCAAGACGAAGACACUUAUAAUAGGGACACCCGUGGUAAUAAUUCUUACCAACCGCUUUCGGACAAUUCACCUUACAACCGGCCCUAUCCCGGCAGCACCCGAGGCCGUGGUCGAGGAGGUCGCGGUUCUGGUGGUGGCCGUGGAAGAGGAAACUCACGCGGUGGAGGGCGAGGCCGCGGGCGCGGUGGUGGCCCUGGUGGUUAUCGUUCUCUUGAUGAUCAUCAACAACCGAACAAUGAUGGCGGACAUGACAACCACAACGGCCAUGGAAAUUCUGGCGGCGGUAUGCAACUUAUGAACUAUUGA